CCUCCUUUUCUUCCUUACUGUUUCGUAAAAGUCAGAAAAUAAUUUGUUUAGAAAAAAUAUGAUAUAUUAUCUUUAUCAAUCGAUUAUAUGAACUUUAAAUGUCAAAUCACGCCUAUUUGCAAUGUUAUAGAUGCUUAUAAACAUUCGUCACGUGAUUAAACUCCCCUAAUACAUGCGAUAUGUGCUGUUCACGAAUAUUAGUAUCCUGACGUUCGAACGUACGGAUCAGUCCGUUAGCAACCGCUGAAGAGUGACUAACAGAAAUUUUUCGUGCUCUUGCGGAAGGAAAAGAAUUUCGAAGUGGACAACUUGAUUUGUUGAAGUUAACAUGUUGACCUUAUCGUUCUUCUGGAUUUUCUCGAUUCUAUGGAUUCAGAAUACAAUGGCAAGCGUUCUUGUUGCCGAUACAACGAUGUCCAAAAUGGUAGAAUUAAAUGCCGGCGAACCAAUAUGUUCUAUUUACAAUGAUCGUGGUAUCAUUCAGAAAAUGAUAUUCGGUGCAGAUCCGAAAAAAGUUCGACAUAUGCCAAGUAAUCUCGUUGCCGAUCUCGAAGAGACUUGUUUGACUUUUAAGAAUCAAACGCCAGCAGUUGGAUUGGUAUAUCCUGGAACGAAAUGGUGCGGACCAGGAAAUCAUGCAACUUCUUACGAUGAUUUAGGUCAUCAUACGGCAGAAGAUGCAUGUUGCAGGGAACACGAUCACUGUCCAAUAACGUUAAAACCGCAAAAAUGUAUCCAUAGUAUAUGUAACUAUUCACCUAUCAUACGUAUGCAUUGUGACUGUGACGCAAAGUUUCGAAGAUGUUUACAAAAUCUUAAUACUGAGGUUGCCAACACUAUCGGUGCACUUUACUUCAAUAUUAUACAAGUAAUUUGUUUGAAGGAAAGACGACCGUGCUCAGAAUGGCAAAGAUCCUACGAGAAAUGUAUUCCGUAUUGGAAAGAACUGGCGAGUUACGAGCCGCUAAAUUUUGACAAGCAUAAGGAAAUUGGAAAAAGUAAUAAGUUUUUAUACCAGACACCACUUUCAAAGCUCAUCAGGGAUUUUUUUGAUAGGUUACAAGAUAUCCAGAAGAAUUUCUUGAAUUAUUUUCAAGAUCAUUGAAGAGUGACAUUAAUAGAAGAAUGGUUAUGCCGAAGCGGUGUCAAAUAGAUUAUGCUCGGAGUACAAAUUUCGGCCAAGUGAUAAAUACGUGCCAUUGAUGCCACUGAAUAUGAAUAUAUGAAUACAGCGAGAGAACAAUUCGAUGAUGGUGGUGAUGGUGAUGGUUAAAGAAAGAAAAAAAAAAGAAGAAGAAGAAGAAGAAAGAAGAAAAUGGAUCAAUUAAAAUUAAUGAUCACAAUGGGAAACUCGCGAUGAUUAUUGCGUUUUAUUCAUAUCACUUGUCCUUUUUGCUUUAUGGAAUUUUAUGAGGUAUGACCGGGGUGGAUUUAUAUAUAUAUAAAUAUUCAUAUAUAUAUAUAUAUGUAUAUGUGUAUAUAUAUUUAUAUAUUUAUAUAUUUAUAUUUAUAUAUGGAUUUAUUUUGAAUUCGAUUGAAUACCAGAGACUCUAUAAUAAUAUUAAUACAUAUCUAUUUUACACUCGAUACGUGCAUGUCUUUAAAGAAAUUUUUGCUUCCUUUUUUUUUUUUUUUUUUUUUUUUAUAUUGCAAAUAAUUCGUAUUGCAUGACAUUUUAUCGAUAUAUUAUUAUCACAACGAUACUAUUAAUAGUAUCUUUUAUAUAUAUAUAUAGGUAAUAAUUAAUUAAUAAUUAUUAGUAAUAAAAUAUUAAAUAUAUAUAUAUAUAUAUAGUUUCUUAUAAAUAUUUUAUAUUAAUUAAUAGUGAUAAUUAUUACACUGUAGUACAUAAGUAAUAUCAAAGAUUAUAUAUUUUUAAGAUAAGAUGGAGAAUGUGUUAAUUUUGAAUAGAAUAUGUUUGUUAAUUUUAAUUAAUGAAUUAUUUUAUAUAUUCGUAACUUGUAAAAAAAAAAAAAAAAAAAAAAGAAAAAACGAUUAUAUUUAUCACAAUUGUAAAGAAAAUCUGUAAUAUCGACGUUUAAUGUUUUAUUGGGUCGGUAAAUGAUAUCAGUCGGUAAUCUGUUUUACCGACCUGUUAUAUUUCUAUCAUAGUUUCUUUAAUUAUGUUUCUCUUAUAAUAACAAUGUAAUUAUAUUAAAUUACUUAAUAUAUUAAAUAUUUAACUUAAUAUGAAAUAUUAAA